AUGUUUUCCAGAGGCAUUAGGCUCGGAGACGGCGACGUUGACGACGACGAAAAGACUCACAACAGCCGCAACUGCUGCCAGCAAAUCAUCCACCUACCCUGCAGAAUGGUACAGUCUGUCGCGGGCUGGUUCUUAACAUGCUGGCGGCACCAAGAGUCGAGGAGGAACAGCCACAUCAGCAACAGUAGUAGCAGCAGCAGUGGCGGCGGCGCGUCAAGGCGCAGGAGAGGCCCCGUGGACGACUGUCGCCCGCUGCUGGGAGGAGGCCGAGAGCGGGGGACGCCUACGACCCCACGAUUCCCAACGCACGCGGCGGCUUCGUUCCUCAAGACGGGGACGUCGAGGAAGAUGCGUGAUGCGAACAGCAUCUUGUGA